CGGUACCUCACCGCCAUGAGCGCAGCCCGCGAGCCUUCCGCCAUCCGGGUCCUGACUGAAAUAGUGAACAGGGCACCAAAGUCGCUCAUCUCCUUGGCUCCUGGAUUUCCAAAUCCGAACACUUUCCCUUUUAAGACGGCCAGUAUCACCAUAAAAAAUGGAAAGACCAUCCAAUUUGGAGAAGAGAUGAUGAAGAGAGUGCUUCAGUAUUCUCAAAGUGCUGGAAUUCCAGAACUGUUGAUCUGGCUAAGACAGUUACAGGUACAAUUGCACAAUCCUCCCACUAUCCAUUAUCUACCCAGUCAAGGACAAAUGGAAAUAUGUGUCACCUCUGGCAGCCAAGAAGGUCUUUCUAAGGUGUUUGAAAUGCUCAUUAAUCCUGGAGAUAAUGUCAUCGUAAAUGAACCGGUUUAUUCAGGAACACUUCAAGCUCUGCAGCCAAUGGGCUGUAACAUUAUUAACGUUUCCAGUGAUGAAUUUGGGAUUCUUCCAGAUGCCCUCAAAGAAAUACUUUCUAAGUGGACACCGGAAGAUUCACAGAACCCCAAGAUAAACAACCCCAAAUUUCUUUACACUGUCCCAAAUGGCAACAACCCUACUGACCUCACAACUGAGCGCAAAGAGGAAAUCUACAAGCUGGCAAGAAAAUACGACUUCCUCAUAAUAGAAGAUGAUCCUUACUAUUUUCUCCAGUUCAGCAAGUCCUGGGCACCAACAUUUCUUUCCAGGGAUGUUGAUGGCCAUGUCAUCAGAGCUGACUCUUUUUCCAAAGUCCUCUCCUCUGGGUAA